CGCAACCACAUCUAUCCCUGUCAUAAGAGAAGUAUCCAGUCAAGGUGGACGGAACGUUGUAGAACAAAGUGCUGCUGCGCUGGAAGGUGAGGUGCGCGAGGCGGAAACGGACGACAACAUCAAUGUUGAGAGGUCGAAUUCUCAAGAUGAUUCUAGACCGCUAUCCCGACCAGCACGUAAUCCAAACCGACCCAACCUACCUUCGAUACCCACUGCUUCGGCUGGCAUCGUAAUUUCCACAGGAGACAACAGUAGCCCAAAUCCUGCCAGCAGUCCUGCACGACCAGUAAAUUCCAGUCACUCGUCGUCCGGAGGGGCAGCCUUAACUGCAGGAGGAGGAGGAACGGGACGUGCAAGGGAGCAAGCGGCAAUAACACCGGGGCGCGGGAGUAGUACCGGGCGUGCGACGUCGCGGUCGGGGACGCCUUCCUCGACGACAACAACGCCUUUGACCCUCCCGAUCCAGCCACGCAGCGACGCUGGGUCUAGGAUGGGAUCGCGCGCACCCUCAAUGCAAGGGUCGUCGCAGCCCCCGUCUGUAAGCCACAGCAUGACGCAUCACGGGUCGACGUCGGCGUAUCACGCCUCGUCAGCGAGGUCGCAGCACCACGCCGGC